AGAGAAGGUGGGUCCCACCCUUCAAUUGCAUUUGGUAAGCCAUGGGUGAUGGCAUGCAUGUGGUGAUGCUUCCAUGGCUGGCUUUUGGUCACACGAUCCCAUUCCUUCAUCUCUCCAUAGCCUUAGCCAAAUCUGGCAUCCGAAUUUCCUUCCUCACUCCUCCUAGAAACAUCCAAAGGCUCCCCAAGAUCCCACCACAUCUAACGGCUCUAAUCAAUCUAGUCGAGCUUCCUUUGCCAGCCGUUGAUGGCCUGCCCGAAGGCGCUGAAGCCACCAUCGAUAUCCAACAUGGGAGCGACGAGUACUUGAAGAAGGCAUACGAUCUCUCAUACCCAACCUUUGAGCAGUUCAUUGCCGCGCAAUCACCUGAUUGGAUCAUCCACGAUCUCUUCCCCAGCUGGACGUCCAAGAUCUCACGUGAGUUCGGCAUUCCACACGUGCUAUUCUCUGCGUUCUCUGCGGCUGUGAUGGCUUUCAUAGGACCGUUGGAAUCGGCCAUGAUCGGAGAUGACCUAAGAAAACUAUGGCCAUCACCAGAGAGUUUGGCAACUCAACCUAAGUGGUUUGAAUUCGAUUCAUCUAUCGCCUUCCGUCCUCAUGAGACUGAUGGCGUCUACCGUUCGUUCUUCAGCCCGAAUGCUUCAGGGCUGUCGGAUUUGGAUCACGUGCUGCUAGCAUUGCAAGGAUGCUCGGCGAUGGCCAUUCGGACUUGUACUGAGUUUGAAGGAGAGUACUUGAGCUUACUACCGAAGUUAUACAAGAUACCGGUCAUUCCGGUCGGAUUAUUUCCACCGGCGCUACCAGAUAAGAGAGAAACCACCGAUCCCAAGUGGGCCACCACACUCAAAUGGCUAGAUGAUCGGCCCACCAGAUCAGUGGUGUAUGUUUGCUUUGGGAGUGAGUGUAAAUUGAGCAGUGAUCAAGUUUACGAAAUUGCCCAUGGGCUUGAACUGUCUAACUUGCCAUUUCUAUGGGCACUCAGGAGUCCAAUUUCGUCAACCGAUGACGUUGAUACCCUACCAUCGGGAUUCGAGAGCCGGAUCGGUAGUCGUGGGAUCGUACAUUUGGGUUGGGUCCCUCAGUUGGAGAUACUGGCCCACCCUUCCAUUGGUGGAUAUUUUUUUCAUGCUGGGUGGGGGUCUAUCAUCGAGACCGUCCAGUAUGGGCAUGCCAUGGUCGUCUUGCCUCUGGCGAACAUCCAGCCGUUGGAUGCUAGGCAUAUGGUGGAUAAGGGUCUGGCUAUUCAAGUUGAGAUAAACAACGAUGGGUCAUUCCACAGGGAUGCAAUCUCCCAGUCUCUGAGGCGGGCUAUGGUUGAAGAAGGAGGAGAAAGGAUUAGGCUCAAAUCAAUGGAAAUGAGUGCUGUUUUCCGCGAUCAGAAGCUCCACCAAAGCUACGUGAACGGAUUUAUCAGUUUCUUGAAAAGCUCUUAAAUCUAAGUAGGAAACAACUGAUCUGAAAUAAUAUGUAAGAUGUUGUCAUUAGUAUACCCUUUAAAAAGAAUUCAUCCAAAAAUAGACAACC